AAUUAUCCGCAUCAACUUGAAUGAAAAUGUUCGUCUUAGCUGAGAUGAAGGACACUGUUCGAAUAAAACCAUGGCAUUUUGGAGUAGAUCUACGAGAAGCUAUCGCCAAUAAGUUGAAUAAAAAGCUUGCUAACAAGGUAAGCCGAUAUAGGGGUGCUUGGUGCUACUGAAACAUCAAGCUCAUCACCUUUCAUGUGUAUUGUCGUCAGGUUGUCCACAACGUUGGUUUGUGUAUCGUUUUACACGAUAUCACCUCCAUUGGUGAUUCUUAUCUUUUUCCUGGAGAUGGAUCUUCGCAUACUCCAGGUAAGUAUGGCUGUAAGAAAUUUGCAAAUUGAAAGUUAAAUUUGCAAGAUCAGAUCGUAAGAACAUUGAAUAUUUGAAUCUGCGCAAAGGAUCUGAGGGUAGAUUUGCUGAUGAUGAACAUAUCACUUCCGUUCUAGUUAAGUUUCGCUUUGUUGUGUUUCGUCCAUUUAUUGAUGAAGUCCUAACUGGUAGAAUUCGUAGCUGUAACCAUGAAGGUGUUCAAGGUACUGUGCUGUCAUAAAAUCAAUUUAUUCCAAAGCUAAGGCCAUGUUGUGAUGUACUAGGUAGCCUGCAGGCAGGCUCACGUGUGCAAGUUCGGGGAAAAUUUCUGGUGGCAGAGCCAUUGCCUGCGUUGCAGACGCUCUAAACUAUACAAAUGGUUUAGACGAGUGCAAGAGCCGCCUGCAAUGCAGGCUACAGAGCCGGAAAACAAGUGAGCUGGCUCGCAGGCUAUGUGUUAGGGAGGUCUUCCAAUGGGGGAUACGCUGUGGCCUUGUAGGUUAGGAAAAAUGCUGCUGUUGCAUUUUAGCUUGAACGAAAAUAUUGCUGUUGGUCAGCUGCCUCCUCCACAGGCUUUCCCAAGGCUAAGUGGGGAUUGGGGAACUCGCGAGCACGCCAGAAGCACGAGAAAGGGAUGAUGGGAACGAGCGUAGUCUAGCGCAAGAGGGGAGUGAUCCAUCAAUCCCUUCGUCCCCGCUUUCCUUAAUAAUUAACUCAAAUAUCCCCCAGUGAUCGCGAGCGACUGGGGACGAGGCAGGUCGGUCUGCAUAAAUUUCUCAAAUUUAGAAUUUACGGUAGUUAUAGCGCCUGGAAAGAAUUAAUAUAUUGUUAUUAAACUUUCUCCCUGGAGGGACCAUUCUUCAAUAAUACCAACAGUGGAAAACAAUUUAAAGAAAAUAACAGAAAAAGUCUGGAAAUAAUGGCAGAGAGAUUGUUAUUUCGCUGCCAAAUACAAAACAGCCAAAAUGUAAAAGACAUCAGAUGUUUCUUUCACUACUCAAAAAAUAGAUUGUCACUGUCAGAAUUCUUUCCUCCUUUUCUGUUGAUUGUCAGUGAUUUCUCAGAAGAUUGUUGCCAGUUUCCAGGACCGUGUGUCCAGUCACUUCCACCCCUUGGAAGGCCUCACUAGGUUGAUAUGUGACACAUGGCCUGCAUCCAUGAGCAAAGAUGAGAGCAUACUGUAUGAUGAUGAAAUAAGAUGGACAAUCGUACAUCUUUCUUUAUUUACCAUGGACACUCUUGAUAUUGCUGAUCCUUGUAGUUUGUUCAUGUGUCACAUAUGAAUCUUCAUUGGCUUUGCCCUCUAUGAGCCUCUCUGCAGCUGGAUACAGUGCUGCUCACAGGGUGUUUUGGAGGUCACAGGUCUAAAUUCUGUUAGGGAGCCAAGAUUUUUUCUGUCUCAUUCACCACCCAGCUUAAAAAUUCGCCACCUUACUUUUGUAUUUAUCAGUCUUUAAUUUGAUAAAAAUUAAUAUUAGAUUGUUAUACCCAAAACUGAACUCUUUCCUUUUAACUGAUAAUGGCUUCAAUUACCUACUUCAGUUCCUCAACCUCAGUGAUUUUUUUUCACUCACUGUAUUCUUCUUUCUAAUCUGCACUCUAUAUGGUAAAAGUAUUUUUGUACAUGUAGCUAGUACAUUGAAAUUAGAACAUUAAACAAAAACAUUUUGAAACACCAAUAAAAUCAAGGCUGUGCUCUAAGGAAAAUUGAAGGGAGCCCAGUGCUCCGAAUCUGUAAAAUCUAGGGUGCAUGCCCAGCAUAUGAUUUGUAUGAAAAAUCUGCGAUUUUCUAGUCGCCGAAGGGCAAAAGUUAGGCGCCAGGGGCGACCGGGCUCUGCUAGACCACAGCCCUGAAAAUGAAUGUUUUUCUUCUUUCACAGUAUCUAUGGAAUUCUUCGAUGAUAUUAUUAUCCCUUAUGAGUAUCUUCAGCAGCCUUCCAAGUUGUAUCCUUUAAUAAUAAUAAAAAAAAAUUUCAGUUCCCUUUAAUGUAAUGUGGCAAGAUGAUUUGACAUGAGAUUGAAGGUCACACAUCCCUUCAUUUCCUUAAGUACUUCUAGUAUUCAUAUAUAUAUUACAGUACAUUAUAUUUUCUUUUAUCCCUACUACUGACACUGUUAAACACUUUUUUCUUUUCUACACUCUUUUAAUACUUAUGUAUUGAUAUUUUCACGUUGUAAAACAUACUUUGUUAGCUUUUGCACUGUUCUUUCCUUCCUUCCUUUUUUUUCGUGGGUGAUGAUAAAUUCAUUGAAAAAAUAUUUUUAUGUUAACAGGAUAUAUUAAAAGAAGACUUGACUCUGCAGUCACAGAACAUUAAUAAUUAAUAUUCUGUGACUGCAGAACAAGUUUAUACAGUGUAUAGGGAAGACACUGAAGUGUAGAGUGUAUACUGCAGCUGAUUUGUUUCUCUUUAACCACACACUCAGUGAUGAGGAUGAACAGUUGUGGGUUUGGGAAUAUACAACAGAUGAAGGAGGACAUGACUUGUUCAUGGAUAUUAAUGAAGAGAUUAGAUUCAGAGUUGUAGAUGAAUUAUUUACUGAUCUCAGUCCUGCAGGGCCUGAGAUGACUGGUGACAUGAAAAAUACUGAUGAGGUUGACAGUAAAAGGUCCCCAUACACUAUUACU